ACGUUCCGCAGCGUUAAUAGCGCACAACAAGCGGCAGCCGGGGGACAAUUAGUCUGGCCGCUUUUGAAGGAUGCAAAAAGGAUGCUGAGGAUGCUGUUGCUAGGCGCUUGUUAGCUCCGCCAGCUCUUUUUGACGGACAGCAUCGAUAGCCAAUAAAGCUCCCAGCUCGCUGCACAGCCGCCCAAUCGCUACGCUGCGUGGGAGGUUCUAGCGUCUGUGGGUUUCUCCCCGCAUUGUCGCGGGCGGGAGGGAUCGGCAUAGAAGCCUGGUUCCGGUUUCCCGGCGGAGAAGAUCUAUCGACGCUGUAUCGACACUGUAUGGAAGAGAUGGAGGAGGAACUCAAGUGCCCGGUGUGCGGCUCCUUUUACCGGGAACCCAUUAUCCUGCCCUGUUCCCACAGCCUGUGUGUGUCCUGUGCCCGGAACAUCCUCGUGCAGACGCCGGACUCCGAGUCCCCGCAGAGCCGACGAGCCUCGGGGGUGUCCGACUAUGAUUACCUGGACCUGGAUAAGAUGAGUCUGUACAGUGAGGCGGACAGCGGCUACGGGUCGUACGGGGGCUUCGCCAGCGCUCCCACCACUCCGUGCCAAAAAUCCCCCAACGGGGUGCGGGUGUUCCCCCCAGCCAUGCCCCCUCCCCAGCUGCAGCCCCACCACCACUCGUCUGCUUCACUGCUGCUCCCAACCGGGCCCCGCAACUCGUGCCUCACCUGCCCGCAGUGUCACCGCAGCCUCAUCCUGGACGAGAGGGGACUGCGGGGAUUUACCAAAAACCGGGUUUUGGAAGGGGUGAUCGAGCGCUACCAACAGAGCAAGGCGGCCGCCCUGAGGUGUCAGCUGUGCGAGAAAAGUCCCAAGGAGGCCACCGUCAUGUGCGAGCAGUGCGACGUCUUCUACUGUGAGCCCUGCCGCCUGCGCUGCCACCCGCCCCGGGGCCCUCUCGCUAAACAUCGCCUGCUGCCCCCCGCGCAGGGCCGGGUGAGUCGGAGGCUGAGUCCCCGCAAGAUCUCCACCUGCACUGACCAUGAGCUGGAGAAUCACAGCAUGUACUGCGUGCAAUGUAAGAUGCCCGUGUGCUACCAGUGCCUGGAGGAGGGCAAGCACUCUAGUCACGAGGUCAAGGCUCUGGGGGCCAUGUGGAAACUGCACAAGAGUCAACUUUCCCAGGCCCUGAAUUUAUUGUCGGAUAGGGCAAAGGAAGCCAAAGAAUUCCUCGUGCAGCUAAGAAACAUGGUCCAGCAAAUCCAGGUACAUUUAUCAGCUGACAAAGACACAAAGCAGAAGGAGAACAGUGUGGAGUUUGAGGCCUGCCUUGUCGCUCAGUGUGAUGCCCUGAUCGAUGCUUUGAACAGAAGGAAAGUUCAGCUUCUCUCCCGUGUGAACAAGGAGCAUGAACACAAACUGAAGGUUGUCCGAGAUCAAAUUUCACACUGUACCAUGAAGCUACGUCAGACCACGGGGCUGAUGGAAUAUUGUCUAGAGGUGAUCAAAGAGAAUGACCCAAGUGGAUUCCUACAGAUUUCAGACGCCCUUAUUCGGAGAGUUCACCUGACUGAAGAUCAGUGGGGGAAAGGAACACUCACCCCUAGAAUGACCACCGACUUUGAUCUGAAUCUGGACAGUGCACCCCUCUUGCAGUCAAUCCACCAACUUGACUUUGUUCAGAUGAAAGUUCCCUCUCUAAUCCCAGCACCACCACUUUUACAUCUGGAAGAAUGUGGUACCCACAACAACAGUGCCACUCUGUCAUGGAAACAGCCUCCAAUGUCCAUGGUGCAAACAGAAGGAUACAUACUAGAGUUGGAUGAUGGGAAUGGAGGACAAUUUAGGGAAGUCUUUGUUGGGAAGGAGACAAUGUGCACAGUGGACGGCCUUCAUUUUAAUAGCACAUACAAUGCACGAGUGAAAGCGUUCAACAAGUCCGGGGUCAGCCUGUACAGCAAGACUCUGAUUCUGCAGACUUCUGAAGGUCAUUUUCGCAGAAUGUCAGCUACAAUUGCAGCUCGGCUGCAAGUCAACUCCAUACCCCGUCCACUUGAGUUCCUUCAGCAUGCAGAACAGCAAUCUUGUGUCUCUCCAGGUCCCUUUUCUCGAAUGUCAGCUAUACUUGCAGGUGGACUGCAAAUCGAUGCCAUGCCUAGUCCACUUGAAUUCCUUCAAAGUCCAGACCAGGAAUCUUGUGUCUUGCCAGUUGCCUGGUUUGCUUUCGAUCCUGGUUCAGCACAUCCAGACAUCAUUUUUUCCAACAACAACCUGACUGUGACGUGCAAUAGCUACGAUGACAGGGUGGUGCUGGGAAAAUCUGGGUUUUCUAAAGGGGUCCAUUACUGGGAACUCACAAUCGACCGUUAUGAUAACCACCCGGACCCCGCCUUUGGUGUUGCCCGUGUUGAAGUGAUGAAAGAUGUCAUGCUGGGGAAGGAUGACAAAGCCUGGGCCAUGUAUGUGGAUAAUAAUCGCAGCUGGUUCAUGCACAACAACUCACAUACAAACAGGGCUGAAGGAGGCAUCACAAAGGGAGCUACUGUUGGUGUCCUCCUAGACUUGACCAGACGUACCUUGACCUUCUCCAUUAAUGAAGAACAGCAAGGUCCAGUUGCUUUUGAAAACAUGGAAGGUUUGUUCUUUCCUGCCGUGAGCCUGAAUAGGAAUGUGCAGGUAACAAUUCACACAGGAUUGCCAGUUCCUGAAUUUUACACAUCCAGACCAUCUUUGCAAGCCUGAACCAAGCCGAGGGGGAAGGAAACUGCUUUUUUUUGUGCAGCUCAUCACAAUGAAAAGUAUACCCAGCAAGCAUUUCAUCCUUUCAACAUUGGAAAGGAAAAAGUAAAGCUAAGGCGCUGGAACCAAGAAUCCAUCGAAGUGUGUAGAAGGGGGAAAGCUGCCAGUGUAGUCGUAGGAGGGCAGACACAUACAUUUGUUAAUAUCCAUUUGUGAGAACCAACUGAGCUAGAAAAAUGAUUAAUCCCAUUGUCCGGGACAACUGGAGUUUCUUACAGAUUUAUGAAGAGGCUAAAGGUGUCGGUAUCAUCUGAAAACUAAAAAUCCACAUGCAUUUCUACAAAUUCUGCUUCAUGCGAACUAAGGAUAAUAUCUUUAUUUUUUACUGUCGCUUUUCAGGCUCGCAGACUCGGGUCAUGAAUGCAAUGGCUUCCGAAACGAAAUGGGAGUGAUUUGUGCAUUAAAACCAACUUCUCGGAUCAUAGAACCGAUGAUUGGCAGAGCUGAACUGCAAGAUCAGUUUCAGCAUAUAAAUAAUAAUUUAACAUUUAAA